CCUGACUUACGAAUCAUGGAUGGUGAUCCCCAAAACCAAAAUUCUCAAGUUCUCAAAGUCCACCUGGUUACCUCCACCGACUCGCCCCAGUUCACCCUCCUGGGUGAGGCCUUGUCUCGGACCUCGCUCGUGGGCCUAGACGCCGAAUGGAAACCCGUCCGAACUCUGCAAGCGUUGUUCCCCACCGUGUCGCUGCUCCAAAUCGCAUGCGGUGACUGUGGAGUCUUUGUGCUCGACUUCUUGUCCCUACCUCUCUCUUUACUAUCGGAACCAUUGCGACAACUGCUGGUGUCCCCUGACAUCCUCAAACUUGGAUUCGGAUUCAAGCAGGAUUUGGUAUACUUGUCUUCCACUUUCAGCUCCCAAGGUGGUUUCGACAAGGUUGAGCCGUAUUUGGAUAUCAGGAGUGUCUAUAAUCAUCUGCAGCAUAAUAACAAACAUGUACCCAAACAAAUCAAGAGUUUAUCAACUAUAUGUGGAGAAGUGUUGGGGUUUUCCCUUUCAAAGGAACUCCAAUGCAGUGACUGGUCAUGCCGUCCUCUUUCAGAAGAGCAGAUAACAUAUGCAGCUAUGGAUGCUCAUUGCUUGCUUGACAUAUUUGCGGUCUUCCAGGCAAAGGUUGCUAAAGAAGGAGACCUGAUUGUCAAGACUACUGCAUUUUCUAAUCCUGAUGCAAGUCUUGGGUUGAAAGAGCUUUUCAGAAACCAUGAUAUGAGUGAUAAAGUCCUAAGAACACAAUUUUGUGAGGCUUCAACAAUUGUCCAAGCCAUUACUUUUUCUGAUGCUACCUGGGUAACACCUUUAGGAGGGGGGAUGAUCCAAAAACCAUCAUGUUGGGUUACUGUGCCAAUGGAUGAAGCUUUGUUGAAAGUUGUUAAAAAAUAUGGUGAUAGGAUUUUGCUAAAUGAGUUGGAUAGAAAGCCCAAGACAUCAAAAAAGAAAGGAAAGAAGCAGUCACUAAUUAAUGGGAUUAGCAAAGAAAAUCAUUUUAAGAGGUUUGAUGAAUGGCAAGGUAUCCCACUUUCGGAUCCUUUAGUGGGGGGAAAUGAAUAUCCAAAGUUCCUUUGCGAUGUUAUGGUGGAAGGCUUGGCAAAACAUUUACGGUGUGUUGGGAUAGAUGCUGCAAUUCCUUACUCAAAGAAGCCUGAACCAAGGGCGCUGAUAGAGCAAGCACAAAAAGAGAAGAGAGUGCUGUUGACACGGGAUGCAAAGUUGCUAAGACACGAUUAUCUGACAAAAAACCAAAUAUAUAGAGUGAGGAGUCUUCUGAAAAAUGAACAGCUACUUGAGGUUAUUGAAACUUUUCAACUUAAAAUUAGUGAGGAUCAGCUAAUGUCAAGAUGCACAAAAUGCAAUGGAACAUUUAUUCAGAAACCAUUGACAACUGAAGAGGCUAUUGAAGCUGCAAAGGGUUUUCAAAGAAUUCCAAAUUGCUUAUUUGCCAAGAAUUUAGAGUUCUGGCAAUGCAUGGACUGUCAUCAACUUUAUUGGGAGGGAACCCAAUACCACAAUGCAGUUCAGAAGUUCAUCGAUAUUUGCAAGUUAAGUGACUAAUUUGAGUGUCACCCACUAACUUUCCAUUGAAGAAAAAAGUUGUUUUUGCUUGAUUGCACUUGUUUCAAUGCAAUCUAUUCGUGUAAUGUAGUUUUAUAUUUUAUAUAUAUUUGGCUAUCUCUGCAUGUCUUCACUCUUGUUGGCUGAUGCUAUGUAGAGGAGUGUUAGCAAUACCCAACAUACUCUUCUUCACACAUUAAAUAUAUAUUAGUGUGCCGGUAGCAUAUAUGAUCUACUGCUAUAUAAUCUACUAAAUGAGAUCGCUUGUGUG